AUGAGAGCUCAAAACCCAGCACUUCCAGACACAGGUACUGCCGGAGUACCACAGCUAGCGAGGCGACAAGCCUCAGCCCAACUCCAGCAAGCCCGGGAUGCCGUUCAGCGGGCCAGGAAUCAUCCUCCCCAGGCCGCCCCGGCGCACCCGCCUCAAGCAGCCCCUGCUCAGCCACAUCAGGCUCCGGCGCAGCCUCCACAGGCCGCCCCGGCGCAGCCACUACAGGCCGCCCCUGUCCAGCCACCUCAGGCCCCGGCGCAGCCUCCACAGGCCGCCCCGGCGCAGCCACUACAGGCCGCCCAUGUCCAGCCUCGUGAGGCCCAGGCGCAGCCACCUCCCCUGGUAGCCCCCGUACAGCAGCCCAUCCAGGACGCCCCUGGACAGCGAGCGGCCCCGGAAGGACAGCAGCAGGCAGUUGUACCAAACUGGCAGAAAUCCAAACGCACUCCUCUGGAGCCCGCCCAGCGAGAGGCUGUUAGUGAACUCCUCAGUCUCCUCCGAGAGAAGGAUAGCAAUAUUAAACGGGUAGAACGAUAG